AUGUCAAAAUUUAUUCAUCGAACAGCUGCCAAUGGAUUUGAAAAUGGUAGCGAUGCAUAUGAAAGAAGUCGUCCUGAUUAUCCACUUGCUGUAAUAGAUCUUAUAUGUUCAACAAACACAGAUAUGCAAAGUAAAAUCAUAGUUGAUUUGGCUGCUGGAACUGGCAAAUUAACAAGAUUAUUAUCAUUAAUCGGUGCAAAAGAAAUCAUUGCUAUUGAACCUGUUACUAGUAUGCGUGAAAAAUUAUAUUCAAUUCCAGACAUAUCCGUAAUGGACAGCAUUGCAGAAGAUAUUCCAUUAGAAGAUGCAAGUGUUGAUAUUGUUACGGUUGCUCAAGCUUUUCACUGGUUCAAUGGACAAAAAGCCCUAAAGGAAAUUUAUCGUAUACUCAAGCCGAAUGGUAAAUUGUAUCUUUUUUGGAAUUUACGAGACGUAGAUAUGUGUACAUGGAUGGAUAUGAUGAAUAAAAUUAUCGAUCAAUGGCAACCACUAGGACACCCACACUAUCAAACAAUGAAAUGGUUGGAUGCUUUUACAAGUAAAUCAGAUAAAUUUUCACCCCUCGUGUUUCAACAAGUGCGUCAUGAGCAAUAUGUUACUAUUGAAAAUUUACUUGAUCGUAUUCUUUCAAGUAGUUUCAUAUCGUGCUUGCCGGAUGAUGACAAACGAAUCGUUUUAGAAGAAGUGAUAACGAUGAUAAAUCGACAUCCAGAAACGCUCGGAAAAACAGAACUAUUAGUACCAUAUCAAACGCAUAUGUACUGGUGUGAACGAUUGUCUUUAUAA